AAAAUGGCCAAAAAUGCCUUCCUUCUUCUUCCUUCUCUCUGCUUUUCUUUUCCCCACCUUAAUUGCGCUCCCUCAAAGGGCGAAAGGAAGUGCGGACUGGCCGGUCUUCGUCUACACUUACACUGUUCUCUCUCUCUUUUUUUUGAUUUUAUUUCCUCUAAUUAAGUGUCAUACAGUCGUAUCCAGCAUCAGCUGGGACGGGAUGGAAUUUGUUCCAUCAGUCUCCAUCGUCCCUCCGUUUCUACCUAUCGCAAUGCGAGAUGGAAGCAUCCUUUCAGCUGGGAUUAAUUAUGGGGGCGCGGCGCAACAAUGGCGUAACUAUCUACGGACUCGACGGCUCAAGUAAGGUUCAUUCUGGUUAACUAAUGUGUCUACUCUGAAGGAAACUCGGUAUGUAGGCGACCUGCUUGAGUAGGCAGGUAGAUGCCUGUACUACCUACACAUGUCAGUGGAUUCUCAACAACCGCCAUUUCCUUCCUGUUUUCGUGGCAAAGCUGACCCUUCAUCCAUAUUUUGAUACGGUGCACCAAUGGUCAGCGCACACACACACACAUAGCACACUUAUACACAUACACAUACUCAUAAAUCAGUAGAGGGAAAUAAGAUCCCGGAUCGAAAAAAGGAGUAACUUUCAGGAAGGACUUUCGUCUCCAACGGAAUUGCGGAUCCGGUCCCGCGGCGACGGAUAACAAUCGAAGGACCAUGGGUCUGAUCUCCAAUCACACUCGGCUAGUCUCUCGACUCUCGCAUGAUUGAUCGAUUCCGCCUUUCUGUUUCCCGCCUUUUGGCUUUUUCAGACGGCGCACUAUUUGCAUUCCGCCCCAUUUUGGAGCCAUCAUAGCCAUCCUCUUUUGAUCAAGUGAGCUGCAGGGGAAUCCCAUCCUCCCCCUUCCGGCGGUACCAGGAACCCCAUCCCAUUCGCUCAGAUCCCUGCACUUCUAAGAUCCACUGCGGAGCCUCAGGCCAAGUCGAACGGCUGUAUAUCAAGGCCGAGGGGGGCUAGUCCCUGUAAGUGAC